AUGGCCGGAGUUUUCGCAGCCCUCGGCCGCCUAGGGCAGUCCCUGCUCGGAACCACACCGCUACAGCAAGCACAGCGGCACCUCGCUUCGGACGAGGCUGCCUUCGCAUGGCGCGCCUGCGAAGACCUGAAGUUCCAGGCAAGUGCAGAGGACCUGGCCACGGCCGGAGUUGCGGCAGCUGCCGUCGGGCGUCUCGAGGAGGUGAGAGGUCGAGCGAAGCUGCCUUUGCAGGCGGUGGACAUCCUGAGACGUGCUGCCCGGCUGCAUUGCUGCGUCUCGGAAGAGACCACGUCCGUGCUUUCGCAGUGCUUUCUCUGCAUGCGCCGCAGGCAGCAGCAACAGAUGGGCCCCGGCCGGAGGACUGUCACGAAGCGGGACGUGCGUUGCAGUGCGGCUCUUUGUGCACAGCCGGCAGAGUUAUAA